GCAGCGCCGGUAGGGGUGCUGUGAGUCCGCCGAGCACUGAACUCUAAACCCCCGCAGAUCUGUUCAAUGAGAGCAGACACGAUAACAUUAUAUUGAAAGUACAUUAGUGGUCGCUUUGACGGUUCACCACCUCAACAGGGAGUAACAUUCCUAAGCAUAAGGAAUUCCGAUGAAUAUUCGGUGCAGUUGAUGAUCGGCGGCGUUUGUACAGUCUGUCCGGAGUGAGACCCCGUAGAGGCUGAAUCCACUGCAGCUGAUGUUCUCAGGGACCAGAGGCACGUGAUGUACGAAGGUAAACACAUCCAUUUCUCAGAGGUGGAUAAUAAGCCGCUGUGCUCCUACAGCCCCAAACUCUGCAAGCAGCGCAGGUUGAACGGAUACGCCUUCUGCAUUCGUCAUGUUCUGGAGGACAAAACCGCUCCGUUUAAACAGUGCGAAUAUGUGGCCAAGUACAACAGCCAGCGAUGCACCAACCCAAUCCCCAAAGCAGAAGAGCGAAGAUACUGUAACAGCCACCUACAGGUGCUUGGCUUCAUCCCGAAGAAGGAGCGUAAGAAGAAGCAGGAUGCUCUGGAGGAGGUUCGUGCCCGCGCUCACGUGGAGUCCGUCGCUCUGAACAUCACUGUUCCCUCUCUGGCUCUGAGAGACACUAAUGGGCUGGAUGGCCUCCCUCCGUCUCCGCUCUGCUCCCGUCUGACUCCGAUGCCACUCUCGGACUCCGACAUCCUUGACCCCUUUGCCUUCUAUGAGGAGGACACGGACGGAGAGGAAAGCGUGGCGCAGAAGAGCUCCAGCAAGAGGAAGCUGCCCAGCAGGCCAGUGAUUGGUCUGAGGGUGACCGCUCGGGACCUGGAGCACCGUCAGCCGGACAUCGAGCACUUUAGCGCCGUCACUGAACCCUGCACACUUCCAACCUCCCCACAACCACCUCCACCACCGGCUCCACCUCCGCCUCAACCCUCGGCGAGGCUUGUCCAGCCCCCUCAACAUACAGAUCGGCCCGCUUACGCCCAACAUGGGGCAGUGCAGACUCUGCUAUGCAAGCCAGCUCCACCUCAGACUGGGCCUUCUGUUUUGUCUGGUCUGCUCCCGUCAGCUGGGGUUCAGAACCAGCCUGUUAGCCGGAGACCUGUCCCUGCUGCGUCCCCUCGUCCAGCUGCUGCCCAGGACUGCCCACAGCCCCGCGCCGUGGCCAUGCGCCCCACUGCCUUUACAGCACCCCCGGUCUGCCUGCUCAGACUACAGCACCUUGUGCAGCUUUACACUCAGAGACAGAGAGAACAUGGAGACCUGUUCCCACAUCUUGGGCUAGACUGGUCUGAGGACAGUUCAGAUGAUGAAGAUACAGAGGAGCUUGUUCCUUUAUUGCCUCAGGCCUGGAGACUUCAGGAAAGAAGCUCACAUCAAAGCUCCUCCAAUGAAAAGCCGCUUUCCCGGCGGGCACGUCUGGCGCAGCUAUGUACAUACCUACAGGAGAGGUAUAAACACCUGUGCCGACAGGACAGGGCAGCCACCCGUCACAGCAGAUACCGAUACGCCUUUCGGAAAGCUCUUCUCCAUGCUGCAAGCAAAGACCCAGACUGCACUGCACAGCUCAUUCAGAAACUCAGCAAGAGCUCACAGACCUCAGCCUGCUCACACAAGUAUGAAAGGACAAUGUGUACGGGAACCACGAAGGGUCAAAACUGCAGCAACAUAGCUUUGCCGUUUUCACAUCACUGUUUUCAGCAUAUCCUGUUGAAUCGCUCUCAGCAGCUGUUCUCCAGUUGCACGGCGCGGUUCGCUGAUGGACAGCAGUGCUCUGUUCCUGUGUUUGACAUCACACACCAGACACCUCUUUGUGACGAACAUGCCAAGAAAAUGGAUAAUUUCCUGCGUGGGGAUGGCAACAGACGCAGUCAGCAGCAGCAGCUGCGGCGCCCACGUAAGAAGACCAAGCCGCCUGCACUGACGAAGAAACACAAAAAGAAAAGAAGACGAGGUCCGCGCAGACCGCAGAAGCCCAUUCCUCCUGCUGUGCCACAGGGCAACUUGCUAAUGCCCUCCCUCUCACUACCCCCUCACCACGCCCAUAUCAGCAGGAGUCCGUCAACCCCUGAACUCAGCGCAGACGAGCUUCCUGACGACAUCACAAACGAAAUGCCUGACAUUCCCAAUGAUCUUGAGCUGAAUCAGGAAGAUUUCUCUGAUGUGCUGCCCAGACUUCCCGAUGAUCUUCAGGAUUUUGACCUUUUUGAGGGUAAGAAUGGAGAGUUGUUGCCCACCACAGAGGAGGCAGAGGAGCUGGUCAGAGCCCUGCAGGCCAUGGGGUCAUAUCCCGACUCCCUGGUGUGUUUGUCCACAAUGGGCGAACUGACCCCAGCAGACGGAGUAGACCACCGAACCAUGGCUGUGUUCUCGGGAUCAGGGGUCACAGCAACUGGCAUCGGAGACCUUCUAAACGGCCGAAUGGCUUCAGAGACUUUUCCCAAUCUAGAGCUGGAGGGAAACCUCCUCCACGCCCCGACAGACCAUCAUUUCCCAACGUCCCCUUCUCCCCAGCCAACCCAGAGCAGCACCACCGCAUCCUCUACAAAUCCCAAUGGUGGGUUAUCAGAACGAACGUUUUCCCGAGCUCCCAAACCAGACUCGUCCCCACCAGGUAGUCAUUACAGCAGCGAGCAUGUGCCAUCGCCCUACAGGGAUCACAUCUCACCCCCACAUGGUGCCUCUUAUCAAACCGACCCGCAUCUCUUGCUGGAGGUGCCUUUGAGUGGAGCGCCCGGGCCACCGCGCACCUCCUGGAAUAACCUCCCGCUUUCACUCACAGACCCAGCACAGUUUGGUAACCUUCUCACUGCUGAAACUCACCUGCUUUCCACCGCUCUGUCCACCCCGCCCUCCAUGUCCCACUCCACAAUCCUGCAGCCCACCGCUGCUCUCUCUGCUCUAGCCCAACCGGGCCUGACUGGCCUCACCUCACCCUCAUCCUCGCCCUCUUCACGUGACCUUCUCACCCCCACCCAACCUAAACUACAGCUCCCACAGUUUAGCGCAGCCUUCGGCCACCAACUGGCUUCCCACAGUGGGAUCCCCAAAGACCUGCAACCCAGCCAUAGCUCGACAGCGCCACCUACAGGCUUUACCAUCACUAGUGCCACUGCUGCCACUCCCCCGUUCCCUCAGAGCAACUGAGUCUGCUUAGAGAGACCACCCCAUCUCACAUUUUAAAGGGAUAGUUCACUCAAACAUGAAAACUGUCAUCAUUUACUCACCCUCAUGACUUUCAUUUGUCCUUGGAACAAGAAAGGAGAAAUUUUUAACAAUGUUCACUCUCUGCUCUUAAAAAUAAAAAAGUUAAGUAGCUAACAAGGGCUGUCAAGCUCCAAAAAAGCACUGUUAAUUUCUGCACAUUUAAACUGGUGUAUAACAAUCGGUUAUGACGUGUGACGAUUAGGAUUGUUUAGCAAUGUCUUUGCGUGGCAUAUUUGCCCAUUUACACACUGCAAGAUUUUGAGUGAGUAAAGGCCUGUUCACACCAAGACAAAUGUUCAGUAAACAUUUUAAUUUGAAUGAAUGGCUGUUGAUGCAUAUGCAACACAAAAAUAGUCGCACACUGUCAGUGCUAAUUUGGCACACAUUAAGCAGUCAUGGCCUAAUGGAUAGAGAGUUGGACUUGUAACCUGUAGGUCAUGGGUUCAAGUCUCAGGUCCAGCAGGGAUUGUAGGUGGGGGGAGUGAAUAAUCAGCGCUCUCUUCACCUUCAAAACCAUGACUGAGGUGAGACCCUUGAGCAAGGCACCGCACCCCCAACUGCUCCCUGGGUGCCGCAGCAUUGUCUGCCCACUGCUCCAGGUGUGUGUUCACCGUGUGUGUGUCUGCGUGUUUGUUCACUACUCACUGCUCUGUGUGUGUGCACUUGGAUGGGUUAAAUGCAGAGCACAAAAUCCAAGUAUGGGAAUUACGUCACAUCCUUUCCUUUUCCAUUCCACUACAAAGGAAACUCUCUUGUCUCUGGAAUUUGUUUUUUAAUAAAAAAGUCUGAACGGCUGUUUGAAAACAUGAAAAUACUGUUAAAUUAACUUUCUUCUUUGUGAUAAGUGGGUGUCAGAAGUGGAAAUUAGCACAGUGCUCUUCUGUACUGCUGUACUUCUGUUUUUCAGUAAGCGCCACCUACUGUCAUAGAGUGUAUUUGCAUUUUCAUUCAACACAUCUGCCUUUUUCCCCAUUGGUCUUAACAGAAAAACAAAUGUGUAAACAGGCCUUUAAUUACUUAAACUUCAGUCAGUUCCUAACACAAAGCUAUCGUAUGUCUUCAAAAGACUUGGAAUAUAGUGUACAAAUCAUAUGGACCUUUUUUAUGGUGCUUUCAUGUCCAUUCAUUUUAAUUGCCUGAAGAAGAGCAGUCUGAACAUUCUUGAAAACGUCUCCUUUUGUGUUCUUAAGAAGAAAGUAUGGCUUUAAGGGUUUCUCUUUUGGGUGAACUAACUCUUGAAUUUCCAUCACCAACCAUAGAUCAGCAGCAGAUUUGAGUCUUUCUGUACACGUAUCUCUGCUUGGUGUGUCAACAGUGUCCAUCCUCUGUUUGUUAUCAUUGUGGUCCAAGAGUUAUGUUCUACCCUCAUAUGCCCUUUUUCCACUAAAUGGUGCUAGUGCAGGAGCCAGUGAUCUGUGGAGCUGUCUCAGAGCCGACCCAUAUUUCUUGAUAGCCAAUCUAUGAUCUAAUUGACAACAUUACUACAUUACCAAAUCAUGCGCAUUACAGUCUUAGUUUAUUCCAGUUUUUGAGAACUUAUUUUAAUUGAAUUAUAACAACAAUCAUGAUUCACACAUAUGAUAUUUUGUAAAUAAAUCAUUGUUUCAGACAGACUAUGACAAUAAUGUUGCUGGAGAAGCUGUGCAGCACGAUUAAAAAUAGAAAUGUCAACUGAGGUUGUGUGUGAAAUAUAUUUUUACGUUAUAUAGGAAUCUUUUAGCAUCCAGUGACUUUAAUCUUACUAUCUGCAGGUUUAGAAGGUAAGGCACAAAACCACCUUUUUUCAGUAGAAACGUGCAAAAUGGUGCAGGCACCAGCACUGUGUCAGUGGAAAAGGGUUGAUGGUCUGUUGUACUAAGGCUAGUGGAUCAUAUAUUCUUGUCAUAUUACUUGUUCCAUUAGUAUAAUAUUCCUCAAAUGAGAGUAGCAGGUUGUUGGUUGGCUUAUGUCCUGUAGAGUCCUUGUGAGAGGAAUCUGCUGGUGUGUGUUGGCUGGAAAAAGAGCAGGCAAGACUUGUUUAUACUUGGUAUUAGCAUCAGUCUCUGGUAAUCUGAUCACAAGAAGUCAGCUGAGGAAUUAUCAUUUACAUAUGGUGUUAACAUGCAUUUCCUUUCACCUUAUGCCCAUUUAUGGUGGGUUUUUGUUGAGGGGAGUUAAUGUGCAAAAUUGCAGCUCAUUGAUUAAGUAUUAAAUGAGAAGGUGGUCCAGGAUGCAUUAAUGUAAUGCGAUGUGGCAUCUCAGAAAGUGUGAUUGGAUCACCCAAGAUGCAUACCAAGUAUAAAAACAAACCAUAAAUGUCAACACUGUCAUAACGGCACUGCAGUUGUCUCAACUUUUCAGACACUAGCCCAGAAUGAACUCCAGCACAGCCAACAACACUCCUGUCUCUAUAUAACAGGACUGGUCUAAACUUGAUGUGGUCUCGAGAGAAUCCACCAUACGACUUGUAAUCAGGACACAAAUCUGUAUGACUGAACAGUGUGAUUCAUUGAUGGGUCUUUGCACAUGCUCAGUGGACCAGGCCUGGACUGCUCACAUCACAAGGUUAAAGCAAUAAUCUCCUCAGCAGAGUCUCUCAUACCAGUCUCCAGGUGCGGCUCACUCCCAGCAGCCUCAGUGACAAACAGCUGGAUCUCAUCCUCCUUCAACGGUUUUUCAUGUUUGAUUCACGGCAAAGGUCUCAACUUUGCUAAUCUUGUAGAAACACUGACAUGGAACUCUUUCAGUGAAGAGUAAACAGAACAAUGACACUUUGAGGUGAUAUUUUGCCAAAUACAUGGGUUCAAAUGUUUGUUGUUCUUCAUGGUGCUUAAUCAGUUUAGGACCUUGUUUGGUCUUUCUAAUACAAGAGCCCUUGGUGGCAAGGUUUCCGAGUACGGUAGAGCUGGAAGAUGGAAUGAAUGGGUGGCAGGAGAGUUGAGGUCAACUGAAAUAACCCUGCGUUUGUUUUGUGGACAUUUGGUGCAAUUUCUAUGGAGAAUGGUUUGUGCAACCUGAUGGUUCUUCUCCAGACUUCCACAGAAGUGUCAGGUUCAAACUCAGCCAUUUUUAGUCACCGUCAGUCAGCCUUAUGCCACGUGGGACCAAUGUUCCCUGCAGAUUUCAUUUUCUCUUUUGAAGCUAAGACCGUAAAACCAAGGUUUUUGGUAGAUUUUAGACACUGAACGAUUAUCUUAUAUAUUAAGUAUUAAAUAUAUUUAUAGAAUAGAAUCCUCUAGAUUGGGUUUUAUUGGUUGACUUGAGUGGCGAAAGGUAAAUAUGAAAUUUUAAAGAAAACUAGUCAUUUGCAACAUACUUGGUGGAACCGAUGCAUUUAGUGGCAUAAUGUUUGGUAGUUUUAAUGGCUAUCAAAAUUCUCGUGAUUAAUCAUUUUGUAUUGAUUGAUGUUGUGUAUCUGUGUCAUUUCUUUGGAUGAAGAGACUGUGAUCAUGUGCAACAGUAUUUUUGAUAGCUAUUAAAAAAUAACAGUCGGUGGUCGCUGAAAGACAUAAUACCACAGCCGUGGCCCUUAUGCACUUAGUCUAAUCCAAUCUCACUAGUCAGAAAAGAAAAAAAGAUUGGGUCUCAUUCACGAAAAACCAUUCUUAUGUAAUUACAUUUAAUAAUUUCUAAAGAAAGACCAGUGACAGUUUGUGCAAGAAUGGUUUUAAAAAAGAUUGUUAAUUCUUGCAUAAACUGAACAGUUCAUAAAACUGCUGUUACAUAAUUUUCACACUGAAUGGAAUCAUUUGUCAAACUGUUAUAAAUUGUGGCAUUGAACUGGUUUAAAACCACUCAGAUUGAAUCAUUCGUAGAAUCAUUCUUGUACAAGUUACGCUUAGCUUACGUAAUAAUGGUUUUAUGAUGAUUUACACACAUUCAUUCUGCUCCGUUUCAUGAAAGAGAUCAUUUGUGUGGCAGAAUGAUCACAGGCAUACUGGAGCCGUUACUUCAUUUGGAGGCAUCCUUGAGCAAGUCAAUCUCUCAAGGUUCAUUUGUAGUGACAAAACAUUGUUCGUUUUCUAGGUCAUCUCCUGUGAUCAGCUGCACUUUCACCUGCACUGUGUUCCACAGGUUCGAAAUGACUUUUCAGUCUGCUACUUGUGAACAAGAGUCGUCUUUGUUUAUUCUCCCCACCAAUGUUCAUCAGUUGUGGCAAAAGCAUUUUUGUUGCUCUAACGAGCUGAAAUGUUGUGUGCAGUCCAAGUUUUUACUGUGUUACUACUGUGUGAAUGACAGCAGGUCCGCUGCACAGAGAAACCCCCAGACAAAAGUCGCUUGCACUCUGCGUUUAGAUGGCUGACUGAUUCCUGUACUCACUGAAUGUACUGUAGAACUGUUUUUAAAAUUCAUAGGAUAAAUCUAGUCACCUUUUGUUAUUGGUCUUUAAUUUGUCUAAGGUAUUUUUUUGUAUACAAAAGUUUACAUUUUUAUGUAUAUUUUUCUUGUGUAAAAAUUAUGUAAUAUGUGUAUAAAAUUGUAUGUAAUAUCUGUAUAUAGAGUGACAAAUUCUGAUCUUGUUUUUGGAUGUAAGAAUUAAAAUUGUGUGAAUUUG